UAUAUAAAUGGAAACAAGAAAGCGCCUAAUAGGAAGAUAAAGUUUUGUCCGUUAUCUCCAUGCAAGCAUUCAAAGAAAGGUGUCUUUCAACUUCAUCAUCAUUUACAGUCAAAUAUCCACAAGCUUAAUCCCAACUCAAACCAAUACUUAGAUGCGCUUAAAUCUGCUCCGAGAAUUGGGCUUCAAGAGCUACGAGAUCACAUUGCCAAGAGAAAGAAAUCCAAAGCAAAGAGCGCCACAACUAAAGAUGGUCCUAAAAAGAGAAAAAUCGAAUCAAAAUCACCUGUACGUGGAAAGGCCGCAAAAAGGGUGAAAUUUUACAAGGGUGACAAGGAAAAUGAGUAUAGUUUGGUGAAUAGAAUCGAAGCUGAGGAAGAAAUUGAAAAUGACUCGGAUGAUCAAUUAUUAGAAAAUCCUGAAGGAGAAGCAACUAUCAGCAGAAACGUGAGUAACCCUGGGCACCUCGCACCGACCUCCUCCAAUAGUAAUGCAGAGGAGCGCAAACUACAUAAUGAAGAAAGUUGUGAAUCAAAGGUAAGAGAGACGUACAAUGAUGAUGACAGCAAAUUAGAGUAUGAUCAGCAAGUUGAUAAAGUGGAACACAAGCUACAUAAUGAAGAAAGUGGAGAUUCAGGCAAUGAUCAUGACAGUAAUUUGGAGUAUGAAAAAGUAAUGGAUCAAAUGGAAUCAAAGGUAGGUGAUACACAUGAUGACCAUGACAGCGAUUUGGAGUAUGAUCAACUUGUGGAUAACGUGUGGAAAAGAAAUGAAGAGUGCAAGAAGCGAAGCUUUAAACAGUUAGUGUCUAUGAUGUCCUCCCAGUGUGAAAGCGAUGCCGAGCUAUCUGAAGAGUUAAACAACCGCAAAAAUGCUGACCAAGUAAUCCAACCACCUCAACCACCAGUGACGGCUGGUAAUACCAAAUCUAGUGAAAUAGUUAUAUGCGACAGUGAAGAAGAGGAAAUUUUAGACCCAAACUAUCACCCUUCCCUGGACUCCGAAUCAGAGUGUAGCACUGGAAGCUUGUCAGAUAACUGCUCGUUGCAAGAAAGGGAUGACAUUUUAACUGAUUUCGUGGAAAACGUAGAUAAUCUCGAUUUUCUUCGUGUGGAACCAGAAUGGAAGAGCGUGGUUGAUGUUGUUUUUGAAAGAAAAAAAAGGACGCUGGUAAUACUGACUCCCAAAGCAAUCUUUCACAAGGUAAAGUGCCUAAGGAAGUUAUGAAUGAUGAUGAAUCAUCAGUAUACGAUAGCGAUGAUGAUGAUAAUGACGACUGUCUUGAAGAGAUGGAAGAUGAUGUCAGUUUUGAAGACAAUGAUAGUAGUGAUGACAGCCCACUGCUUAACGAGUUUCAUUCCUGGUUGAUAGACGUAGACGGGGGUUAUCGCUGCGCAAAAGUGGCUGGUCAGUACAAGUCACAGGUAAAACGCAUCAUGAAAGUUCUUUCAGAAGAUUUCCCUCAAGCAGCAAAAUGA